GACCUUAGCUGGCAUGUGUUUGGGAUCUUUCAUGGGGAGUGCUAACCAAGGUACAAGCUGGACUGAAUGGGUUUUGUCUUUGAGUGAGGGAUGGCGACAGCGGUGUGAGGGAAGGACUGCGAAGAAGAUGUACAGUAACGAAGGCUUCUUGCGGUUAGGGAUGAAUACAACAGAAGGCGGGUCGUCUAAAACUAAUGCUUAA